AUGGUUGGUGGUGGCGGCGGCGGUGGCCGAUUUAAUCGCAAUCAAGGCCGCUUUGAUGACCGAGGUGGCAAUAAUAAUCAUUUUUAUGGCGCUGGACGUGGUGGUGGAAAUCGCAAUAAUUAUGGCAAUGGCCCUGGUAGCGGUUAUGGAUAUCGUCGUGAUGAUAGACAAGGUAAGAGUAGUUGGACGGUUCCAUUGCCUAGAAACGAAAGAAUUGAAAGGAAUUUAUUUGGUAAUGCCAAUACUGGAAUCAACUUUAGUAAAUACCAAGAUAUUCCAGUCGAAGCAACUGGAAGCAACUGCCCAAAACAUAUUGAGGAGUUUAACCAGUGCGACCUUGGUGAAAUAAUUUUGGGUAAUAUAGAGCUUUGCCAAUACAAUAUACCUACUCCAGUGCAAAAAUACGCUAUCUCUAUUAUUACUGGAAAAAGGGAUUUGAUGGCUUGUGCACAAACAGGUUCUGGUAAGACAGCAGCGUUUCUAAUACCCAUCCUAAGUUUAAUCUUUAAUGGUGGACCAGUUGUAAAACCUCAAUCAUAUUACGGCAGUAGACGAAAACAAUUCCCCCUUGCUCUAAUUCUAGCGCCUACGAGAGAACUUGCCGCUCAAAUUUAUGAGGAAGCUAAAAAGUUUACUUAUCGAGCGGUAGCUAGACCUUGUGUCGUUUAUGGUGGAGCCGACUUUGGUUAUCAAGUUAAAGACCUCGAUAGGGGAUGUCACCUAUUAGUAGCAACACCUGGACGCCUUGUUGAUAUGUUAGAGAGAGGCAUGAUAGGUUUGGAUUACUGCAAAUAUCUGGUCUUAGAUGAAGCUGAUCGUAUGUUGGAUAUGGGAUUUGAACCACAAAUUCGACGUAUAGUUGAGCAAGAUACAAUGCCUCCAUCUGGACAGCGUCAAACUAUGAUGUUUAGUGCCACUUUCCCUAAAGAAAUCCAAGUACUUGCCAGAGAUUUCUUAGAUGAUUACAUUUUUCUGGCUGUUGGACGUGUCGGCUCUACGAGUGAAAAUAUUAUCCAAAAAAUGGUAUGGGUAGAAGAAGAUGACAAAAGAGCUUAUCUACUGGAAUUAUUAAAUUCUACGGAACCGACAUCGCUGUCGUUGGUUUUUGUCGAGACGAAAAAAGGUGCCGACUCAUUGCAAGAAUUUUUGGUCAGAAUGGGUUAUUAUUCAACAGCUAUUCAUGGCGAUCGUUCUCAACGAGAUAGAGAAGACGCUCUUCGAGCUUUCCGUGCUGGUGUUAGGCCAAUUUUAGUAGCUACCGCUGUUGCUGCUCGUGGAUUAGAUAUACCCAACGUUGCCCAUGUUAUCAACUUUGAUUUACCAAGUGAUAUUGAAGAAUAUGUUCAUCGAAUAGGUCGAACUGGUCGUGUUGGUAAUGUUGGUACAGCCACGUCAUUCUUUAAUGAAAAGAACAAGAAUGUUGCCAAGGACUUAGUAGACUUGCUACUAGAAGCCAAGCAAUCUGUGCCUCGAUGGCUGGAUGAUGUUGCCGUUGAAAUGAGAUACCAAAGCAAUAACAAGCGUGGCGGUAGAAGGUACAGUACUAAUUUUUGUUACUGCUUUCAUGGAUCAUGA